UUUUUUUUUUUUUUUGUGUUGGCUCUUGAGUUCUUUAGCUCUGUCCUUUGAAUUUUAUGUGAGCAAUGUCUUUAGAGCAUGAAUUUCUGUUUGUUCCCGCAUCUGGGUUUGCCUCAACAAUGGCAAAUAAUGUCAAUCUCUUUCUUUGUUUCCUUCUCUUUGUGGCUGUUUUUGGCCUUUGCCUUAGCCCCGGUGGUCUAGCUUGGGCUCUGGUUUCAAGGCCAAGAAACAAACCCAUCAUUCCUGGCCCUUGUGGCACUCCUUUUUUAGGUCAAGUUUCUACCUUUACUACUUCUCUCACUCAUAGAGUUCUUGCCAACCUCGCUCAUACCUUAAAGGCCAAAUCUUUGAUGUCAUUCUCUGUUGGGUUCACUCGUUUUGUGAUCUCUAGCAACCCCAUCGCUGCCAAAGAGCUUUUAAACAGCUCGGCGUUUGCUGAUCGUCCCAUUAAGGAGUCAGCUUACGAGCUUUUGUUCCAUAGAGCAAUGGGGUUCGCUCCAUAUGGGGAGUAUUGGAGGAACCUCAGGAGAAUCUCAGCCACUCAUUUGUUUAGCCCCAAAAGGAUUUCUAAUUUUGGGGGAUUAAGGCAGAGAAUUGGGGUUGAAAUGGUGGAGGAAAUUAAGGGUUUGAUGGAAAAAAAUGGGGAAAUUGAAGUGAGGAAAGUCUUGCAUUUUGGGUCGUUGAAUAAUGUUAUGGGGAGUGUGUUUGGGAAAAGGUACGAGUUUUUUGGUGAUGGUGGGAGUAAUUCCGAGGUUGAGGGAUUGGUGAGUGAAGGGUAUGAUUUGCUUGGGAGUUUCAAUUGGAGUGAUCACUUCCCUGUUUUGGGUUGGCUGGAUUUGCAAGGCGUGAGAAAAAGGUGUAAAAUUUUGGUGGGGAAAGUGAAUGUUUUUGUUGGGAAAAUCAUAGAAGAUCAUAGAAUGAAUAGAAAAGGAAAGGGUGUUGUUCAUAAUGAUAAUGAUGAUGAACAUGAUGACACCAAAUCUGGAGAUUUCGUUGAUGUAUUGCUUGAUUUGGAAAAGGAAAACAAGCUCACCGACUCUGAUAUGAUUGCUGUGUUAUGGGAAAUGAUCUUCCGAGGAACAGACACGGUGGCGAUUCUCCUAGAAUGGAUAUUAGCCAGAAUGGUUCUUCAUCCCGACAUCCAAGCCAAACUCCAAUCGGAAAUCGACCGCGUUGUUAUACCCGGCCGGAAUGUCUCCGAUUCCGACCUCCCAAAUCUCCCUUAUCUCCAUGCAGUCGUUAAAGAGACACUAAGAAUGCACCCUCCUGGCCCACUUCUCUCGUGGGCCCGCCUCGCCAUCUACGACACCCACGUUGGCGGUCACUUCAUUCCCGCCGGUACUACGGCGAUGGUCAAUAUGUGGGCCAUAACCCACGACGAACAUAUCUGGUCCGACCCGACAACAUAUGACCCAGAGAGGUUCGUUAAAGAGGAGGUGGCUAUAAUGGGGUCUGACCUACGGUUAGCACCGUUUGGAUCUGGAAGACGGGUGUGCCCUGGGAAAGCCAUGGGGUUAGCCACUGUGGAGCUUUGGCUAGCUCAGUUGGUUCAGAGGUUCAAAUGGGUUCAGGUGGAUGGUGGGUGUGGAAAUGGCGUGGACUUGUCUGAGUGUUUGAAGCUGUCGCUGGAGAUGAAACAGCCUUUAAUCUGUAGGGCUGUUCCGAGGUUUUAGGGUUGGGGACUCGGCCGUGAUGAGCAAAAGAAAGGGUAUCUAAGGGGGUUUAUUAUAUAAUAUAUGUUUAAAAUUAAAUGUAUUUGCUUUUUUUUUUUUUCUUCUUUUCUUUUUUUGUUUCCUUUAAGUAGGGAAACUAAAUGUUUGUUUUUAGUUAUUGUGGUUGGGUUUGGUAUUGUAUGUGUGUGGAGUGAGUGGCUGAUUCUAAAUUUUAUGUGCGCGAACACGAACAUAAAUCCGCCACAGUGUGGACUAAAGCUUUUAUAAAGUCAUGUGUUUAUGUUA